CUCGGCGCGCACGGUUUUCGAGUAGGUGUUCUUCUCGUCUUUCGUCGCGAGAAUCGUCGAUUAACGAGGUCGUUCAAAGAGUGGGCCACGCUGUGCGCCUAUCGACUGUUUGCCGAUGUGAAUUUCGAUACCAGCUGCUCUAAACUCCGCUGUCGUCGCCGAUUUAUCGAAGCUUGUUUUACUCAUGGAUCAGCUGCGCGACAAGUUUGAAAGAAAAGUGGUGUAAUGAUCGGUCGUUAACGAUAGGCCGUGUUUUCAAGACUGUUUUAUUUUCAAUUUCAACAAACAUUGUUGUUUCUCAUUUCGAAGAAGGCUCACGCCUCGCGUGACAAAUGUAUCGAGUGCGAAACGUGAAAUUUGAUUGGUUUGCGCCGCGGUGAACGGUUAUGACAUAACCUACAACUUAACGUUCGCCAUUGGUCGUGUAUCGAUAUAUCGAUCAGAGUGAUCAAUAUGUGACAGAUCGUUGGCAAGUUAACCUCUCCGCAAACGAUACUUUCACUCGUGUGUGAGAGAAGAACGAAAGGAUUUUUCUAGUGCAUAUGGACCGAAACUUUUCUUUUUACGCUAUUUGUCGGCACGGAUGGGACAUUUCUCUUCUUCUGCGCGCUCGUUCCAGGACACCGACAACGGUAUUCGCCUUCUUCCACGGAUUUUCCACGUCGAUCUAUCUCGGCGAAAUGCAGAGGUUCUCCCGUCGGUGCAAGAUGUCUAAACGAAUUUAGAUUGGAACGAUCCGGAAACGUGGUAUCGCGACACCGGCCCGUCUCCCUCCCGAUGCUCCAUUCAUCGGCGAGCUACCUGAAGGUCGGCCAGGCAGGAGUCACAGAGGAAUCAGGGACCGUACACGCUGGGAUUUCCUACGCGGACUGCGCGAUGACUGCCACGCCGGGCUUUUCCAGGCAACGACGAAAAAUCGAACAAAGAUGAACGAGAUGGAGCAGAUCCCUGAAGGCUGAGAGCGAGCGGAUCCUCGAUAUGACCGGCUGGAGAAUGCGGCCGACUGCAUCGGCGCUCGGCGUCAUCGCCAUUGUUUCCGUCAUGAUCACUGCCACGCCGUCAGAGGCGGACAACGGUGCCAUCGAGUCCAGCAGCAUCAAUCAUCGCGGAGUAGACGAGGAGGACGAGAGGACCGCGAACCAGACGGUCGCCAACGACCUAGCCGCCGGCGUGACGCUUCGCGCGCGCGUCAACGACACUGUCAACGAAACUCCCACGGCAGCACCUACCAGAAGCACCUAUUACUUCCCUCUCGCCGAUCGCGAGAGCCACGCGAACGCGUCCCAAGCGAACGAAAGCGGCGCCGCGGAUUUACAGAGGGAUCAGAGCGACUUGUUGUCGUCCAACGACGUCCGCGAACAGGACACUAACGAUCCGUUGAGGUCGACGGAGCGCAGCAACGAUCCUGGGAGCAAGGCGCAACCGGCGAACGACGACUUCGUCGCGUCGACUCGUCCGAAUCGAGCGGAGAUCGCGUCCAGCAUCGUCCCCUUGGAGAUCCGGUUGCCCGAUUCGAGAAACGAGGACCAGGAUCUGUCGAACGUGGUGGACCACGAGGAGGAACCUGAGCCAGACUCUCGAAAGAGAGAGGACACGAUCGGUCUCACGACCGCGUCCACACGCGAGACGAUCGCCACGCCAGUGGUGAAACCGAUCGAGCGAAAGAACGCGGCGGAGGACAUCAGAGCGAUCUCGUUCCAAGUGCCUGCGGUUGCCGAGGAGGUUGCAGAGGACGCGGAGAGGCAACAGCAGGACAACGAACAGGCGAGGAACGCGAUGGAGCCGAGGAAGGAUCACUCGAGGCCGGUGAACAAUCUCGUGUUGGCCGGCGGCAAGUCGACGAAGGCGUUCUACGAGAUCAAACCGUCGAUUAAGACCGAGAUGGAGGCCGAUCAGCUGAACCCGAGCAGCACCCAACGGCCGUUGCCCGGAAGGAAGUUCGUGCUGCCCAGCGUGGACAGCGCGUUCGGUAAAUUCGGGCCGUACUUCGAGGACGGCGAUCAGGAGAUAAACGUCACUGCCAGGAUAGGGAGCACGAUGCUGCUCGACUGCAAGAUCGGCAUGCUUGGCAAUAAGGAGGUGACGUGGGUGCAGCAGCCGAGCAAGGACUCGUUCCGGCUACUCACCUUCGGUAGAAUCCCCUACAGCGUGGAUCAAAGGAUCAGCCUCAACUUUCGGUACCCGAGCAAUUGGAGAUUACAGAUCCAGUACGCAACGCCGCGGGACUCCGGCUUAUACAAGUGCCAAGUCGCCACGCAUCCGCCGUUGGUUAAAACGAUUAACGUCGUUGUCACGGCGCCGGAAUUGACGAUAACGGACGAUUCCGGCCGAGUGGUCUCCAAGGAGAGGCACCUGAAGGCGGGCAGCGCCCUCAAGCUCAGAUGCGAGGCCAGGGAUGUUAUCGAAUCCCUGAAGGAGUCUGUCAUUUGGACCAGAGGAGACGAAACCCUCACCGAGGACGUUAGUGAAAACAGAACGACGGAGAUUCUAGCCGGGAAGGAGGUCCUCGUGAUCGUCAGCACGCUGAUCGUGGAGAGGGCCAGUCCGAGACACGCCGGAAACUACAGCUGUGUGGUGCCCGGAAAGGCCAAGACGACCGUCGCGGUACACGUGCUCAACGGGGAGUUGCCAGCCGCGGUGCACGACGGUAACGGGGUCUCCAGGGCGUUCCUCAACCUGUGGCUAAUUCACUUAACCAUGAGCUACGUUUUUUCCAGAUGACAAUACUAAGGGCGUGACAACAGUGCCGGGAGAUCUCCGCCGGCAGUCAGACGUGAAUUUCGUGGCGCGUGGGGCAUCGCGAGACAAGACGGAGCGAGCAAACACGUCGAAGCAACGAUGUCAGUCACGCGUCGUCGGUGAGAUCGACGAAUCACGGACUAGUCAACCGGCAACGAGUAUCGACUCUGACGAUCAACGAUGGAUCGUCGAUCUACCUGGUCGCGUAGAAAGCCGGUGAAACGAAAAAAAGAAAAAAAGAAAAGAAGAAAGAAAAAAACGGACAGAGGACAGAUCGUUUUUACCUUUAACAAAUAGAUAUUUUCCCUUUCUCGAUCGAUCGAUUUUGAUCAGUAGCUCAUCCUCGAAGAACUCGUCCCGGUGAUCAUUUCUUUCGACGAUGAUCAUGUCCGCGAGUUAACGUGUAAAAGCGAAUGAGAAGGAAGAAUGGAGAUCGUUUCUUUCUCGCUGUUACGGAGAGACACAUCGCCGUUGUUACAAAGUGGGCCAUUAUAUUGUACAGUUCUAACUUUGACGGAUGCUCGAGACAGUGCUCGGAGAAAUCUUCAAGAUUAUUCCUAGUGUUCGUUGUCGCGAUGACGAGAAACAUCAUCGACGCGGGAGACUAAUGAACGGGGGGAGGGGGGAGAAGGGAUGCCCAGAAACGUUGGAAACCAAUGGAGAGGAGCUAGUGUUGUUUGGAAUGUUCCGUCGAUGGAGGAGUUGGCGGAGAUUUAUCGCUCGUUACCAGAGAAUAACGGAAGCUUGUUGGAUCGAGAACGUUGAUUGAAGAAUGAGUACAUAUUACAGCCGGACUUACCACUUCAUUAUAUUUCCUCCUCGUAUCGAUCGUACUUUAUGAGCACGAAUGUACUGUACUUUGCCAAAAUCAUAACAGACCACCUUCCAUAGUUGUUAAGAAAUUUCCACAGACAGAUCACUAUUUCGUACAUUAAUCGUUAUUCCUUGCCUCGGUUUUGUACCAAACUUUCCCUUAAAAUAUCUUUUCUCGUUCGCUGAGCGAAGCAAGGGUGAAAAUUUCAACAGAAAAUGUCAGGAGAGCCGCAGUUAGCAGUUGAGCGAAGAAACUCUCGACAGCCUCGUGUGCACGAGUGUAAUCGAACUGCGACCUCUCUCUCUCUCUCUCUCUCUCUCUUUCUCUUUCUCUCACGUCAUCCACGUGCACGUGUACCAAAGCGGCAGCCUCGGUUUAACCUACAUCUCGCGAAAGCGCGUCGCUGACUUUUCCACCGUCGAAUAGUUGGGAUAGCUGGACGAACGUCGGCCGUGAUAUAAUUAAUUAGAGUUCUCGCCUAGAAAUUCUUUCCAACUAGUUCUCCCGUCGCGUGGAAAAUAAUCCAUUGCCGCUGCAUUGCGAGUGAAAUUCACCUCGAAUCUGUUACGGAACCUUCUGUUGAACGAAGUUGAUUCUCGUUGUCGUGCAAAAUAAUAAACCAUCGUCUCUGACGCUCGCUUCUCCUACUUUGUUUUUCUUUCUUCCAUUCCUCCUCCCUCCGCUUUUUACCUUUCGUUUUAUUUCUCUCCUCCGUCUAUCAGCGAGACCUCCUCUUCAUUCGCGAAUCCUCUCGAUUUCGCCGUUGGUUUCCGACGUAUUUUCGCUUGAAAACACACCACGGCUGAAUUAUUCGCGCGUAGCCAUUUGCCAGUAGCACGCCAAUGCGCCACGGUGGUGA